AGAAUUUAACGGAGCAAACGCAGCCAAGUUCAGAAUCGUGUGAUGAUUGCGGUCAGCUCGGCGUUCUUUCCGUGGCGUUUUUGGACGGUUUCUCAGUGGAAAAAGCCGUGAAAAUCAUGCUUGCAUUGGGCCCCAAGAAGGACGGCGGUCCAAACGUCAAGUUCUUCGAAUCAACUGAAAUUCUCGCGCAGCUUGAUCCAGUCAAACAGUGGCUACUCAAAAACUGCAAGAAGUAUGUUCAAACGGAUCCACCUACUAACAAGAGUUUGGCAACUUUGGUCGUGCAGCUUCUGCAAUUUCAAGAAGACAAUCUUGGCAAAAAUGUUUCUAAACCACCUAUGACAAGAUUACCUAUGAAAUGUUUUUUGGAUUUUAAACCUGGAGGUGGAUUAUGUCAUAUCUUAUCGACAGCAUUUCGCUUCAAACAAGAGCAGGGAUGGCGGCGAUUCGAUUUUCAGGUUGGCAAGUCUGGAUCUCGCAUGGAUCGUGCGAUUGAAAUGUUAAUGGCAGCAGAGCGUGCUCUAGUGCAAAAUCGUUGUUUGAAUGUACCUUGUGUAUUCGUACGACCUGACGUGGACAAGGCUACAGCAACUAAAGUAAAGGAAGCUGUACGUCGUCAUCAAGGAACAGUGGUAGAGGAGGAAGCUGAUGCUACACACAUAAUAUAUCCUCACGUGGAUCCCUUAGAAGAAGAAUAUGCAAGACCUUGUAUGCGUCGGGAACGUUCGAUUUUGUUACACUGGUACUACUUCCCAGAUAGUUAUGAUUCGUGGACCACAUUAGAUCUUCCCUGGGAUUAUCCAGAAGGCAGUGCAGGCACUAACAGUACCAAAUCAACUUACAAAGUCUCUGCUACCUGGGCGCUUGACUUAGAGCAAUAUAAUGAGUGGAUGAAUGAAGAAGACUAUGAAGUGGACGAUAGCGGUCAAAAAAAGGUCCAUAAGUACAGACUCUCUGUGGAAGAUCUGAUGGCACAGCCUCCACAUCCUCCACCUUCAUCGUCAGCAAAGAAGCAGAAGAGAAAACGUUCUCCUAGCCCUCCACCAAAGCUAGGAAAACGUAAAAGUAAUGACUUAUUGUGUUCGUUACGUAGCGGCCGUGGACCCGCUAGUAUCCAGGGCGCUUCGUCCUCCUCUACGGCUGCUCCUAAAAAAUCUCGUGGUGGCGGUGAAGAAGAAGAGGAUCUAACACAAGGAAUGGAGGAUCCCCCUGCAGAACCAAGGAUAGUCGAAGUCGUUGCCGCACCUGCGAAUCCUCCGGUUACUGGGCAAGGUAGUGGAACAACUGGUGGUAGUGGUUUGAUAACUACUGGGAAUAAAAAGCAAGACAGUGAACUGCAACCUUUAAAAUCCGGGAAUAUGGCUGACCUGGACGAACCUGCAGAAGGCGACAAGACCAGCGCUCAGAGCAGUCAGGAUCGUGAGGAAAGGGAUGCUAGUAAGGAACGUGGGGAAAGUGGCAAAGGUGAUGAACCAGAAGAUAAUGUUACAGAGCAAACUCAUCACAUUGUAGUGCCAAGUUAUUCAGCUUGGUUCGAUUAUAAUUCCAUACACACCAUUGAAAAACGCGCACUCUCGGAAUUCUUCAAUGGAAAGAAUAAAUCGAAGACACCGGAGAUUUACCUGGCUUACAGGAAUUUUAUGAUAGAUACGUAUCGCCUCAAUCCUACUGAGUAUAUAACGUCUACGGCAUGUCGAAGAAAUCUAGCUGGGGAUGUUUGUGCUAUAAUGCGAGUACAUGCCUUCCUUGAGCAGUGGGGAUUGAUUAAUUAUCAAGUGGACGCGGAGUCGAGACCGACACCUAUGGGACCGCCACCUACAUCGCACUUCCAUGUCCUAUCCGAUACACCAUCUGGAUUGGCACCAGUUAAUCCAAAUCCACCAAAAACACCACAACCUUCUGCUGCCAAAACACUUUUAGACUUGGAGAAAAAGCCGAUUGUUCCUGGCUCCCUAGUUCCAGAGGAAAAGAAUGCAUCCAUGGCUAACUUUGGUAUCAAGAUUGAUCAGUACUCUAGGAAGCCUGCAGUCCUCAAGAACAAACAGGCUGCAGGUGCUACUAGAGAUUGGACGGAGCAGGAGACACUUCUUCUUCUGGAAGGAUUGGAGUUGCAUAAAGAUGACUGGAAUAAAGUCUGUGAGCACGUAGGGUCCAGAACACAGGAUGAGUGUAUCUUACACUUCCUUAGACUGCCUAUUGAGGAUCCUUAUUUAGAAGAAGGUGGUCCAGAAGGUCUGGGGCCUCUCGCAUACCAACCUGUACCCUUCUCCAAAGCUGGUAACCCCGUUAUGAGCACUGUAGCGUUUUUGGCUUCUGUUGUGGACCCAAGGGUAGCUGCUAGUGCUGCUAAAGCUGCUAUGGAAGAAUUUGCAGCGAUCAAGGAUCAAGUGCCCGCGGCUUUGUUAGAUCAGCAUUUGAGAAACGUUCAAGCUAGUGCUAAUUCUGAUGGUAAAUUCGACCCAGCGGCAGGCUUAGCACAGUCUGGUAUAGCAGGGACAGGUCCACCGGAACCUCCAGAUGACUCCACAGCGACCUCUACUACCGGAGCAGCACCUUCUACAGCACAAACCUCGCCACACUCGACGUCAGCUGCUGAAAGUAAGAAGGAUGAACAGCCAGACAAGCCUAAGGAAGGUACCGAGGCAGGACAAGUUCAGGCUCCGAAGAAAGAAGAAACUGCAGAAGCUGAAAGGGAACAACCGGAGAAGAUGGAAGUCGAUUCCAAGGAAACUGAGGAGGAUACAAAAAGCAAAGUAGACAUCGAAGAUGCCGAUGCAAAGGAAAAGAAAGAGAAGGUCGUUCGAGAUGCACAACUCCAGUCGGCAGCGGCAGCAGCGCUCGCAGCAGCAGCAGUGAAAGCAAAGCACUUGGCAGCUGUCGAGGAACGUAAAAUAAAAUCCUUAGUUGCCCUCUUGGUGGAGACGCAGAUGAAAAAGUUAGAGAUCAAGCUACGUCACUUCGAGGAACUCGAGACAACGAUGGAACGUGAACGCGAGGGUCUGGAGUAUCAACGUCAGCAAUUAAUAACUGAGCGCCAGCAAUUUCACCUGGAGCAACUAAAAGCUGCCGAAUUCCGUGCGAGACAACAGGCUCACCAACGACUGGCACAGGAACAACAGCAGCAGCAGCAACAACAGAGCCAACAUCCACCUUGGCAAGCAGGUAGUCAGGCACAACAACAGCAACAACCACCAAGUCCCCAAGCACAGGCCCAACAACCACCCCCCCACACUCCUCCACAACAGGCGUAACCAGAAUGAUGAUUUCUGAUUUCUGGUAAUGGUGCCGUAGUCGGACACCGUGCUAGAUAAAUCGACCAGGUAUAUGGUGAGCAAUGGCUGCACGGCCAAUUCAUUUCAUGUUUCAUUCUCUUUGUUUCCAUUUUGACCAAUCAGAGUUUGCGGCAGUCAAUGAACCCAGAUGACUCAUCAAAGGGUUGGGAUAAAAAGUGUUUAGCAAAGAGAUCAUGAUGAGGUUUCCCGCGAGAAUUGACUGUGCAAUCGAUGUUUUUUUUAUUGUUUCGGGGUUGAUUAUAAUAUAAGAUUUUAUAUCAAGAUGGCCGCUACAGCCGUUGAAUACCUGACUAACGUGUUCCGCUUCGGCACGAGCUGUAUUAUUUCAGUUACUCCUCGGGCUUGUCUAUCGUUGUAAAUGGGAUAGUUGAGUAAUAAACGAUAAAUAAAAUUCUGACCCGUUUCGACGACCAAGACUUUACAACAUUGUACUUUCAUUGUAAACUCGUAAUUUCUGUAAUCGACUCGUGUACAAUACACUGCUAUGUCUACAAAA